AUGUCAAAUAAUUCGGCUGAAUAUAAAGAACUACUUGACUUGAAAUCAAGUGGCAAAUAUGUUCCUCCAGCGAAAUUGAAAGCGCUACAAACAAAGAUAAACAAUUCAUCAGAAUCUACAACUGAAGAGUACCAAGUGUUACAAUGGGAACAAUUAAAGCGAGCAAUUAACAGACAAGUGAAUAAAUGUAACGUAUCAAAUAUACGUGAAAUAGUGGUAGAGUUAUUUAAGUUGAAUUUACAAAGGGGAAAAGGUUUGUUGAUACGAUCAAUAAUGAAGGCACAAUUAACUGACUUGAUAUUUACUCCAAUAUAUGCAUCCUUAAUAGCAGUGUUAAAUUCGAAAAUCCCUGAAGUAGGUGAAUUGAUACUAAACCGUUUGUUACUACAAUUUCGAAAAAAUUAUAUCAAGAACAAGAAGAAUUGUAUUUCAUCUGCAAUUUUCAUAGUUCAUCUUAUUAAUCAGAGAGUUUGCAGCGAAAUAUUAAUAUUACAAAUCCUUCAGCUAUUGCUUGAAAAUCCCACAAACGAUUCUAUAGAAAUAUGUGUCGAGAUAAUGAAUCAAGUUGGUAAGUACUUACAAGAAAACUCGGUAGCUGCAAACAACAUGAUAUUUAAUAGGUUAAGAAGUAUACUACACGAGAAUGAAGAUAUAAAUGAUAGAAGUCAAUUCCUAAUUGAAAACCUAUUCAAGACGAGAAAGAAUGGAUAUUCCGAGUAUCCAAUAAUUAGGAAGGAAUUAGAUUUAGUGGAUCUUGAUGAUCAAGAAACGCAUUUACUCGAAUUAGAUGCAAAGGUGAAAUCGAAUGACCAACUAAACAUAUUUCAAUUUGACGAACAAUACGAUGAGAAUGAGAAGUUGUACGAUAAUGUGCGAAAAGACAUUUUGGGUGACAGUGAUGAAGAGGAUGAUGAAAGUGAAGCCGAAGAAAGUGAAGAAGACAACAAAGAAAUUCUUGAAAUCAAAGAUAUGACUGAAUCAAAUUUACUCAAUUACCAAAAAACUGUGUAUUUAACAGUCAUGUCAAGUAUGUCGUCUGAUGAAGCUGUCCACAAGUUAAUAAAACUAAACUUCAAAAAAUCUAAUGAAGAAAAGUACAAGAAUAACGAAAUAUUGGUGGACAUGAUUAUAAAAUGUUGCUCUCAAGAGAAAACAUACUCGAAGUACUAUGGUGUAAUUGGUGAAAAAUUAUGUUCUAUGAAUAAACUGUGGCAUACGAUUUUUAUUGAUACAUUUAAAAAGUAUUACAGCACAAUCCACCAGUUCGAAACGAACUCAUUGCGGAAUAUAGGGAAAUUUUUCGGCCAUUUGUUUGCCCUGGACAAAUUAGCUAUAGAAAGAAGCUGGAAUGUGAUCAGGUUAACAGAAGAAGAGACUAAUUCUGCAAGCAGAAUCUUCAUCAAAUUUAUAUUUCAGGAAAUGAUAGAAGAGAUCGGAAUAAAGGGCUUACAGGAAAGGCUCGAUGACGAUUUAAUCAGACAGGAAACCAACGGUUUGUUUCCGAGACAAGGCGUCACAUACAGGAAUGCUGAAGAUAUUAGGUUUUCUAUCAACUUUUUUACGGCAAUUGGCCUUGGGAUAUUGACCGAGGAGAUGAGAGACGUUUUGAAGAACCUACCUCCAGAAGAAAGAGGACGAAGUCGCAGUGUUUCUGGAAGCUCCAGGAGUGGAAGUUCGAGUUACUCAAGAAGUCGAAGCUAUUCUCGAAGUUCGGGCAGUUAUAGUCGCUCCAGAAGUCGCUCUAGAAGUCGCUCUAGAAGUCGUUCGAGAACUGGCUCGAGAGGUCGUACAAUGUCCCGCGACAGAAGUAAGAGUUUCUCCAGAAGUAGGAGCACCAGCAGAAGUAGAGGCGAGUCCUUUUCGCGAUCACCUAGCCGUUUACCUACAGGUUCAAAGCGAUUCAAACCAAAUUAA